AUGCCCGACGAAUCGAUAGUGCCAGUGCUGAUAGUUGGAGCUGGGCCUGCAGGGCUCGUUACCGCGCUUACGCUGCGGAAGAAUGGCAUACCAGUCCGUAUCAUCGAGAAAGAGCCGAGGGCCCACGUCGGACAGCGCGGGGCAGGCAUUAUGCCUCGCUCGCAGGAGCUCCUGAAUUUCUUAGGCGUGCUAGAUGAUAUUCGCGCGAAGUCCAUGGGGGUGGUCCCGAUACGGGUGUACAGACUUCCGGGGGGCACUGAGCCCAUCAUGACCUUUUCGCUAGAUCCUGCGGUGGCGCCGACUCCGUCCAAGCCCUACAGUAACGCAGUCGUGUUGGGACAAAACCACACAGAAGAGAUCUUGCGUGACCAUCUUGACCAAGAUGCAUGCCAGGUCGAAUUGGGAAUGGCGCUGUACAGCAUUCAGCCACAGGUCGACCAUGUCCUAGCGCAUGUCCUGAAGAAGGAUGGCGAUCAAGAAGCGAUAGAAACCAUCAAGUGCCGCUGGUUGAUCGGCACUGAUGGAGCCAGAGGUGUCGUCCGCAAACAGCUAGGUCUUCUCUUCGACGGCGAGACAUUGGGCGUCACACAGCACCUGGUCAUCGGUGACAUCGAAAUCAAAGGGCUCGACCGCAAACACUGGCACUACUGGGGGGACAUGGACACUAUCCUGGUCAUGCUCCGUGCAACGGAGGAUGACGCGAUCUACUUCUUGAUGUUGGGGGGCCGCCUAGACCUCGCGAAGAUCGUUGCGGAGCGGGCGGAACUGGAGAGAGUCCUCAGAGUCGGUACUGGCCGCACUGACAUUGAGUUGGGUAAAAUCCGCUACGUUGCGGAAUAUAGGCCGCAUGUGCGAAUGGCCGAGACUUUCCGUAAAGGCCGGGUGUUCGUGGCUGGUGAUGCCGCGCACAUCCACAGCCCAUUCGGCGGACAAGGCCUAAACUCGAGCAUACAGGACGCCAGCUCUCUGCAGGUGAACCUCGGGUGGAAGCUCGCCCUGGUCGAGAAAGGCGUCGCAGCCCCCUCCCUACUCGACUCCUACACCGAAGAGCGUCUCCCGGUCAUCGCUGAGAUGCUCAAGAAAUCUACCAGGCUCUUGAAUGAAGCGGCUCGCGCUAAAGGCGACGGGACAAACAGCGAAAAGGCCUGGUACCGCGGCGGCGAGCUGCACAUGUUGGGCGUCAACUAUCGCUGGAGCUCCAUCGUGGUCGAUGAACGCAUUCCAAAGGAGGAUACGCCCGUCGACCCGUACGGCGUGCUCAAGUCCUGCGUAGGUGAUAUCGUGCGAGCGGGCGAGCGUGCUCCUGACGCGCCUGGGCUCGUUGUGCUCCGUUCCGGCGGAGGCGCUGGAGGCCAGCAGGAGACAACGUCGACCUCGCUGUUCAACAUUUUCGGGCCGUCCUACCAUACCGCGCUAAUCUUCAGCGACGGUACCGAGAAGGCCGAGCAAGUAGUGUCACAUCUGGGAGCGUAUCCGCCAGAGCUCCUGCGCACGGUUCUGGUUUACGCCGAUGACAUACCUUCUCAGGCGACUUUCGAUAAUGCCGAUGUGUCCGUGGUCGACCGAGAUGGGCAAGCGCACGGAGGCUAUCAGGUGCGGAGGGAUGAAUUCCUGGUUGUUAUCGUACGGCCGGACGGUGCAAUCGGAGGAAUAGUCCGCGGCACUGAAGGGGCUGUGCGUUACUUCGGCGGCGUCUUCGCUACAUAG